CAAGUCUAACUUCAACUCAAAGAGCCGGGAACAGACUUCAGCGUUGGCAUUCGGACACGAGCAAAUUUACGACUUUUAAAAAGUAUACCAUUCUAACUGCAAGAAAUACUUUAUUGUAUUUAAUUAUUUAACGCAAAAUGAUGAAUUAUAAAAGAAAAACUUGGAAAAGUGCUGACGUUUGACUGGAGUUCACCGCUUACAGACAGUGGAUUAAUGAAGUUUUGUAGAAAUCACUGCUGGCGACCUUUGGCAGCCUGUAUCUUGGGGAACUAGUUCAAGAAUCUAUCAAGUUCUAUUGAGGCCUUCCGUUAGCGUCCAAAGUGAAGAUGGGAAGUAAAGCGCUCCCCGCUCCGAUCCCUCUGCAUCCUUCCAUUCAGCUGACCAACUACUCCUUCCUCCAAGCAGUCAACACCUUUCCAGCUGCAGUGGAUCACCUGCAGGGCUUGUAUGGACUGAGCGCAGUGCAGACCAUGCACAUGAACCACUGGACACUGGGCUACCCCAAUGUGCAAGGCCUCAGGUCUACAAUCACCGAAAUGGCUGCUGCCCAGGGCUUGGCAGACACCAGGUUUUCUUUCCCCGCUUUACCCUUCGCAGCCCACCUUUUCCAUCCAAAGCAAGGCACCUUAUCUCAUGUACUCCCAACCCUACACAAAGACAGGCCAAGGUUUGACUUUGCCAACCUUGCAAUUGCUGCCACACAGGAGGACCCACCAAAGUCUGGAGACCUGUCAAAACUGAAUCCGGGGCUGGGGAGUCCCAUCUCAGAGAUAAACAAACUUUCCCCAGAUCGGAAACCCACUAGAGGGAGGCUGCCUUCCAAGACUAAAAAAGAAUUUAUCUGCAAGUUUUGUGGCAGACAUUUUACUAAGUCAUAUAACCUGCUUAUCCACGAAAGAACCCAUACUGAUGAACGGCCGUACACCUGUGAUAUUUGCCACAAGGCCUUUAGAAGACAAGACCAUCUUAGAGACCACAGAUAUAUCCAUUCCAAAGAAAAACCAUUCAAAUGCCAGGAAUGUGGUAAAGGAUUUUGUCAAUCAAGGACUUUAGCUGUGCACAAAACAUUACACAUGCAGGAAUCACCUCACAAAUGCCCAACAUGCGGAAGAACCUUUAAUCAAAGAAGUAACCUGAAAACUCACCUUCUUACCCAUACAGACAUCAAGCCCUACAACUGUGAGCAGUGCGGGAAGGUGUUCCGGCGCAACUGUGACCUGCGGCGGCACAGCCUGACACAUACGCCCCAACAGGGCUACUAGCCGCUAGCCAUUGGGGCCUAAACUAUCCUAAAAACUUUAUCUAACAACAGACUCUCAGUUUAUAGCAAUAACAGACUUUCUGACUUGUAAAACACAAACCCGGAAAAGAAAAAAAAAAACUCCUUCUCAUUCAUUGUGUAUGUGGCUCCUUCGCUGAGCUUUUGUAAAUACUGUUUUUGUACUGUCCUUUUUUUGGAUACAAAUUGUAAAAGUUUUGUAAUAUGAAAAUAUGUUAAAACAAAUUGUAUUUUAGAAAUAAAAGAUGUUUACUAUU